AUGCCGGAGCUGGGUGUGCACGAGCCGUUUGACUUGAUCCGGCUCUCGAUUAGCGAGCGCGUGCUCGUGAAGCUGCGUGGCGAUCGCGAGCUGCGUGGCGUGCUCCACGCGUACGAUGGCCACAUGAACCUGAUCAUGGGCGACGUCGAAGAGACGAUCUACGACGUCCAGGUCGCCGAAGACACGGGCGCCGAGACGAUCAAGAUCACAAAACGCAACUCGGAGAUGAUGUUUGUGCGUGGCGAUGGUGUGAUUCUGGUGUCGCCGCCGCGUUUGUAA